ACCAAGCCCUUGGAUGAGGAGAGCAUAAAAGUCACUAUGGAUGAUUUUUUGAAUGCUCUUCAUGAGGUUGGACUAGCUUUUGGUGCAUCAAUGGAUGAUCUUGAACGACGCAGGCUUAAUGGGAUUAUCGAUUGUGGUGAGAGGCACAAACACAUCCAUGAGAGAGCCCUGCUUCUUGUGGAGCAAAUCAAAGACAAUCAAAGCCCACUUGUUACAUACCUUCUGGAAGUGGCAAAACUUCAAUGGCAGCUACAAUUGGUAUAGAGAGUGAUUUCCCAUAUGUCAAGAUGAUAUCUGCAGAAAGCAUGAUUGGUCUCGGCGAAG